AACGAGCCCGUGGUGGAGUCGCGCCUGAACGCUUGACCUCGCCUCGCCACGCUGCCUCUCCAAUGUGAAGAAGCCACGGAGGUCCUUCUUCCUUUCUUUACCGGGUGCUGCAUGCUCCGGAGAAAGCUGAUUGAUUCCCAAAACCAAAGGCUUUUAAGUCUCUAUAUGUAUACCUAGACACAGACUUGGUUCCGGAAACGUGUAACUCGAAGCUUGUUCAGCCACAUCUCCGUCUCCCCCGCCAUGUCUCUCCUUGUGAUGUCUCCCGUGGAAGCAGCUGGCGUCCAUCAAGAUCAACCCUCGUCCUCGGAUUCGACGAAGCGAGGUGACGCAAAGACCGACCUGACCAACACGUUGGUCGAUGCGCACGACGAGCUUCAUCUGCUGAAGCUCUUGCGCGCAUGGAUUCCUGAAUCUACCGAUAUUGGUGGUGGUGGCGGCGACGAGCACGAUGGUGACAGGAAGUUUCGGUGGCUGAGGUCCCAGAUCAUUGGCGCGGAAGCCGAGUUCGAGACCCCGUUCGGCCGCCGCCGCAUCACUUACUCGGACCACACGGCUUCCGGCAGGUUCCUGCGGUUCAUUGAGGAAUUCCUUCAGCGUGAUGUUCUCCCAUUCUACGGCAACACUCACACGGUGGACAGCUACGUAGGGCUCUACACCGGCAAGUUGGUGAAGCAGGCGUCCCAUUACGUCAAGCAAUGCAUGGGAGCAAGCCCGCACGACGUCCUCCUCUUCUGCGGCUCCGGCUGCACCGCCGCCAUCAAGCGGCUGCAAGAGGUGAUGGGGAUCACCAUGCCCUCCAUCCUCCGCUCGGCCGUGCUCAGCCACCUGCCGCCCUCCGAGCGGUGGGUCGUCUUCGUCGGGCCCCACGAGCACCACUCCAACCUGCUCUCCUGGCGGGAGAGCCUGGCUGAGGUGGUCGAGAUCGGACUCGACGCGUCCGGCGCCGCGGAUCUCGCGGCCCUGGAGGCCGCCCUGCAGUCGCCUGAGUUUUCCGGGCGGAUGAAGCUCGGCUCUUUCUCGGCCUGCAGCAACGUCACUGGGAUGUACGCCGGCACCCGUGCGAUCGCGCGCAUGCUGCACCUCCAUGGCGCGUACGCCUGCUUCGACUUUGCUUGCAGUGGGCCAUACGUGGACAUAGAGAUGAGAAGAGGAGAUUUGGACGGCUACGAUGCAGUGUAUCUGAGUCCACACAAGUUCAUCGGCGGUCCAGGGAGCCCCGGCGUCCUGCUGAUGAAUGAAGACCUCUACCGCAUCAGGGGCAUUCCUCCUUCCACCAGCGGCGGCGGCACCGUCCUCUACGUCAGCGGUUUCGACAAGGACACGCUGUACUGCAACGACGUGGAGGAGCGGGAGGACGCAGGCACGCCUGCGAUCGUGCAGAAGAUCCGGGCCGCCGCGGCCUUUCGGGUGAAGGAGUGGGCGGGGCACGGCGCGAUCCAGCGGGCGGAGGCGCGGCUGCUGCGGCGGGCGCUGGGGCGGGUCCUGGGCAACCCUCGGGUGCUCGUACUGGGGAGCGCGACCAAAGCGCGGCAGCCCGUCGUGUCGUUCGUCCUGUACCCGGAAGGGACGCGUGGCAGGCACCUGCACUGCCGGUUCGUCACGCGGCUGCUCAACGACCUGUUCGGGAUCCAGGCGCGCGGGGGGUGCGCGUGCGCCGGCCCUUACGGUCACGUGCUCCUCGGCAUCGAUCGCACCCGCUCUAAAGCCAUCAAGUCUGCAGUCGAGAAGGGAUAUGAGGGAAUAAGACCAGGUUGGACGCGAGUUAGCUUCGCAUACUACACCUUAUGGGAGGAAAUGGAGUUUGUGGUGGAUGCAAUAGAAUUCGUUGCACAGUAUGGAGACAGGUUCCUUCAACUCUACAGCUUUGACUGGAAGUCGGGGGACUGGGAAUACAUGCAUGAUAAAAAUGUCAUCCCCAUAAAAGAUGGAGAUUAUAUUGGCAACACAUAUUAUAAGUAUAUGACUUAUGCGAGAGGUAUUGUGGAUUUUCUACCACACCACACAGUGAAGAGACACGUUCCAGAGUCCAUUGAUCCUGAGCUAGUAAAUUUCAUGCUGUAGAACCGAGGGAAGAAAAGAAAUGUCUUUUGGUGCUGUUUUCAUCAAGUUAGGGCUAAUUUUCCCUCUCUUUUUGAUGCUGAUAUAAACAAUGUUAAGGGAACAUCUGAGGUCAGUUCAUGUAAUUACUUGUGAAUGCCAAGAAAACAUAAUUUUCUUGAUUAA